CAUCCUGUCCUCCAGAGCAGUAGAGCGCUCAGCAGCAGACGGGAUGCAUCGUUCUCUCGUUAUUAUCCCGGCGCUCCUGCUCCUGGCCGGUGCUGUCUCGGCCUGGCUUCCCAAGGAGCACGACUUGGCUGCUUUCAAGGGCAUCAACAAGAUCAGGGGCGUUAAUUUGGGCGGCUGGCUCAUCUGUGAGCCGUGGAUGAUGCGUGACGAGUGGGACAACGUCAUGGGUUGCAAGGGGGCUGCCUCCGAGUUCGACUGCAUGCUGAACAAUUACGGUGGAAGCAAACGAGACGCGGGCAACGACAAGUUCGAGACUCACUGGAAGACUUGGAUCAAUGCCGCCAGCAUCCAAUCAGCCCACGAUGUUGGCCUGAACACGAUUCGCAUUCCCAUCGGGUACUGGUCUAACGUAGACAUUGUCGACAAGGCCAGCGAGCACUUUGCCGACGGCAACAGGAUGCUCCCCUACCUGGACGCCGUCGUACAAAAGGCCGCUGACCUCGGCAUGUAUGUCAUCAUCGAUCUGCAUGGAGCUCCCGGUGGCCAGCAAGAGGACGUCUUUACUGGCCAGAACAACAAGCCAGCCGGUUUCUUCAACGACUACGACUUUGACCGCGCCCAGAAGUGGAUGUCGUGGAUGACCAAGCGCAUCCACACAAACCCCGCCUACGCUACCGUCGGCAUGAUUGAGGUUCUCAACGAGCCCGUCUCCAUGCACGACAAAAAUGGCGGCACACGGUACCCUGCCGCCGGUGAGGUGCCCGGGCUGAUCCAGAAGUACUACCCAGGCGCUCUGAAGGCGGUCCGAGAUGCCGAAGCAUCGCUCGGCGUGGCUCAAGGCAAGAAGCUCCACGUGCAAUUCAUGUCCAUGAAAAUGAAAUGGGAAUCAGGCAACCCACGCGACGACCCUGCCGUGGCCAACGACAAGCUGACGGCGUUCGAUGACCACAACUACAUUAGCUUUGGCUUUGAUGCCCCCCAGGACAAGGGCAACCGGGUCAAGCUCAUGAAGAGGGCCUGCACGGACAGUCGGGUCGUGGACGGACAGACGUUCGCCAUUACCGGCGAGUGGAGCAUGACAUCGAACGUGAGCGCCGACGACACAGACUUCUUCCACAAGUUUUUCACGGCCCAGCAGCAGCUCUACGAGAAGCCUGGAAUGAGUGGCUGGGUGUACUGGACGUGGAAGACGCAGUUGAAUGAUCCUCGUUGGACGUACUCUGACGCCACGUACCGUAAACUGAUCCCCACAGACGCCGCUGGCUUGGAAAUGAAUGUGUAUCAAGAUGUCUGCUCCAAUUAUACAUGAUAGAGUCAGACACGUACUUUUUAGAUUACGUCUAAUUGAUACUACAUCUUAGUAUUAAUUAAUGUGCCGUCAGUUUUUCCCUUAAGCUAGCAUGCAUGCAAAUUUUAUAGUUUGGGAUUUGAAUUUCUACGAGGAAAUUGAAACCUAUUCCUGUAAAAUUCUUACCAGAUUUCAAUGUUCCAAAAUUCCAGAAUA